AUGGCACCGUACGAGGCGUUAUAUGGUCGUAGGUGUCGUACUUCUACCUGUUGGACUGAGUUGGGUGAGCGACGAGUUCUGGGGCCAGAGUUAGUUUCUGAUACCGUAGAGAAGGUAAAACUAAUUCGACACCAAUUGAAGAAAGCAUCGGAUAGGCAAAAGUCUUACGCGGAUCUUAAACGCAGAGAUAUUGAGUAUUCUGUGGGGGACUUCGUAUUUCUCAAGGUCUCCCUAUGGAAGAAGUUACUGAGGUUUGGGCGGAAGGGUAAGCUUAGCCCUAGGUUCAUUGGGUCUUACGAUAUACUGAAGCGUGUGGGACCGGUUGCCUAUCAACUUGAGUUGCCUCCAAAAUUAGACCGGAUUAACAAUGUGUUCCACGUCUCCAUACUGAAGCGUUAUCGCUCUGAUCCCACACAUAUAGUACUAGUCGAGGAGAUCGAGGUUAGUCCAGAUCUAACCUUCAAGGAGGAGCUAGUGCAGAUAUUGGACUGUAGGGUUAAGGUACAAAGAAAGAAAUCCAUUCCACUAGUCAAAGAGCUUUGGCCUAAUAACAUUUCAAAAGAGGCCACGUGGGAACCCAAAGAGGUGAUGUGA